UAACAGCUCUAGCUAUUCAAAAACGAGAUAUGCCAUCUGAAUAUAAUACAUGUGGUGGAAUUAAAUUCAUUUCUCCUAAAGCUGGUGACAAAUUGAUAAAUCUUGAAGAGAUUGAAGUAGUUUGGGAAACAAACUUUUAUACAGAAGAAAAUGGCCUUGACUUAUAUAAUGAAAAUGGAAAUUUUGUUAAAUCAUUCUGGGAAGAGAUUAUUCUUACCGAAAAAGAUAGUAAAGUUUCGGGAAAAGUAAGACUUAUAGUUCCUUCAAAUACUAAAUUACCUGAUAAAUUUACGUUUAAAAUUUCGGGCAAAGGUGAAGAUUACAUGCCUUGUUCUACACUUAGUGAAAGUUUUACUAUACAUAAUAAUGAUGAAUAG